AUGGACAGGACAAAAGGAAUUCUGAAGGUGGAAAACGUGGAAAUUACAAUGGAGGGGCAGGUAAUAUGUAGGAACCAAAAAAUAGAAGCUGUGGGUGUUUAUGGGAUUUCUGGACUUUACAAUGCCCUUCGAGAUGCUCUGAUGGCUUCACUGACUAUUCCUGUCAUUUCUGACACUAGUCUAAGGUUUUAUGGGAACAUUUCCUUCGAUGGUAGUCCUAUAAGCUACAAGGAACUUCGGAAGAUGAUGAACCUGUUUACCAUGUUUUAUUCUUGCGAGAGUGUCCAAAGUUCACUUGAAUUUGUAAAUUUUUCUAAGGUUAAGGAUGUGAUGAGUGCUUUUGAAUUGGAAGCUAUAAAUAGUUGUGAGCUCUCAAAGUUAGGGAUUUCGGAGUCUAGAAGAUGGGAAGCAGCGGUCAAUGUUGCUUCGGGGUCGAAGGUGGUUGUUCUUCGAAAUUUCCAUUCUCCUUACAAGAAUGUAAGAAAGUAUCUGUCGUUUCUUGUUGAACAUGCAAGAAACAACGGGUCUGUAAUCUUUGUGGAGGAUGACUUUCCCUUGGAACACGGUCUGAAUGGAUGUGUUAUCAUAAAAAAAGACGGCUUUGAAUGCGUGAAUUUCUCUAUAGAAAAAGAAUUCUACAGAUACAAAAGAGUGUUACUUGAGAUCUUUCUGAAGGAGCUUGAAGUAAAGCAGAAUGAUGAGAAAGAUGCAAAGGAAUCCAAUUCAUCGGCAUCCAUAAACGAGAGUUCCGAUGGCUCUUGGGAUAUGGCCGGACCGUUGGGGAAACCGGUAGGGUUUUCCGCUUUUAGAGGAAAUGCUUUGAAUUCAGAUAAAUAUAUUGAAGACUCAGAGAUAGAUUUCCAUGGAAACUUCACAGAUCCUAGAAUAGUAAUAUUUGAUGAUGCAGUAGUCUACAAGCUUAAAGACCCCCAACUCUCUUCCAAUUCAGAACAAAAGAUCUCGGAUGUCUCCAAGACAUACGAUCGUGGAAAUAGCUGUUGCUGGAUACGUAGGAUAGAAGAACUAUUUACAAAGUGGUUUUUUUCGGUAGACAUCAGGCUUUCUCUGCUCUUGACAAGACGAAAGUGUUUUCUUGAGGAAAAAAAGACUAAAGACUUCAGGAAAUUCAUAGUCUCAUUUCUGAUGCAAGUGUAUUUGGCAAUAAUUUUGAAGUUCAAGGGAUCCAUAUUCAAUGAUACAACCAUAUUCUCGAUGCUUAGUACUUUUCUAAACCCACUGGAAGUAUCUAAAAGAUGGGAAACUUCUGUCGAAGAUCUUAUCAAAAGAAUACUUUCAACGCCUAUCUCUACCAUGGUGCGAUGCUUUGUAGAUUUUCCUGGUGUCUGUUUUUCACUUAUGGGGUCUACAUUCAGAAAUACCGGUAAGUUUAUUGGGCAGAUAAGAUCAUAUAAUUGGGAUCUGGUGGAUUACAAAAUAAUAUCAACAGGAGUGUAUUUUCUGGUUUUUACAAGAGGAGGAACCAUGGUUAACGAGGAAAGAUUCCAGAACUAUAGCCGUAGAAAUAGAAUUUACUCGCCAGGAACAUACUUCUUUCAUAUAUUUAUUUAUUUAUUUCUCAAGGCAUGGAUUCCGGUCCUCCUGAUUUCAUAUAUUCUUAAUUUCAAUUUUGUCCCUGUUUUUCUCGUAACAGCCACUUUUACCUGUGCUCUUUUGAAUUUGGUCUUAAACUUAAAGCUCAAAUACAUGCUCAUGUGCAUAGCUCUUGCAUUCAACUUACUGUAUCCUCUUGAUGGAGAGCACUUUCAAAAAAGCUUUUUUCUUAGAUCUUCCGAGUCGUUUAAUCUUCUGGUUGCAUGCAGGCAAUUCCCAUUGGCAUCGUCUCCAAGAGAAAAGCUGAUACUUUUGGGCUGUUUACUACGAGGAUUUCUGUUUAUAUAUUUCUUCUUCUGCUACAUAUUUGCCAAAAUCAAUACUUAA